AUGAACCCAGACCAAGAAUCAGCAGCACCCCAUGGAGAUGCUGGUCAAAAUACGCGGGAGGCGGACACGACCGCACAACCGCCCAGUACCCUCGUUGAGCCUCACCCCGAACCAGCCAACGAACCUCUCGUACCCGCGGAUCCCAAAGUGAACAAAGCAAAACCAACAGUAUGGAGUAUUAUCUCGGACUUGUUUAUCUGGGAGAUACUGGCCAUGGCCUUAUCUUCGGCACUUCUGGUCGCGAUCGUUGUGAUCUUGACGCAGUAUGAUGAUCAUCCCCAACCGAGUUGGACGUUCUCGCUGAACUCGGUAAUUUCCUGGCUGAGCACCAUCUCAAAAGGAUGUGUUUUAUUCUCUAUCAGCGAGGGAAUAGGGCAACUAAAGUGGGUGUGGUUCACACGACAAAGUCGACCCUUGGUGGAUCUGAGUAUCUUCGAUGGGGCCAGCCGCGGAUUGUGGGGUUGUGCAAGCCUGCUUUGGAGACAGCGAGCCAGGCAUUUUGCAGUCCUUGGUAGUCUAGCUGUCCUCCUCGCGAUCGCCUUUGACCCUUUUGUCCAAAAUUUGAUCCAUUACUACCCGAAGCUCAUUGUUGAUCCCACGGGGACUGCAAUCGUAUCAAGCAACUCUGUGUAUGACGCUUUAGGGCCUCCAUUGAGUGUUUCGGCGUACUAUCUUGAUCCGGCAAUGAAAGCUAAUAUCUACAAUUCGCUAUUCAAUAGUGACUCUUCAAAGCCAUGGAAUAUCCCACGGUACACCUGUAGCUCAGGAAACUGCACCUGGGAUCCGAUUGCUACACUGGAAAUGAGGGCGAGUUGCACGAACAUCACAGACCGACUGAAAACCAAAUGUGACAAUAUCCUCGAGGGGCAGAGAUUGAGCUCAUCAACGAAAAUUUGCUCUGUUUAUCUUAAGGAUAACAAUGGUAAUGUUUCUGCGUAUGUUCAGGAACCGGGUACACUAUGGGGUGCGCCAGUCGCCAUAGGAUCGGUGAAACCUUUGGUCUAUACAAAGAGCAUCAUACCACCUAUCCAACUUGUGGCUCCAGAUAACCUGUUACCGGUCGAAGAGCUAUGGACACUCGAUUCCAAAAUACAGCCUCAGUGGCAAGCAAUUGAAUGUGCCAUUGAUCCUGUUGUGCACAGCUUUCGCCCCACAGUCAGGCGAGGCGUCUAUCAGGAAGAAACCCUGGGUAUAUCAAAGAACGGGUCUUUCGAAAGCUUUUAUCUGGGUAGUAACUAUCACAUGCAUUCCCCCUGGGGACAAGAGAUGGGCGUCGAGAAAGACAGAGACUUCCUGAUAUACAAGCGGACGCUUACAGCGAUACGAUAUUUCUUCCAAGAUUUCUUCGCCGGUCGAGCACACCUCGACCCUUACGGUUUCGCCUUUAUUCCCAAUACCGUUCAAUAUCAAUACGCAAGUGCGGAUUUGAUCCAACUUCUCACACUCUCGAACAUAACCGGUUGCGCGGGUGGAACUGCCAAGCAGAUGCACUGUGCUAUGGAUAAUGUCGCCGAAGCAAUGUCCAAGACUAUUCGGGAUACGCCUUAUUCUUCAACCUUUGCAAAUACGACUGGUCAGGCAAUGAUCAGCACGACAUAUGUUUCCAUCCAUUGGCAGUGGAUCGUUCUUCCGGUGCUGGUGUGGCUAUUGGGCCUUGUAACAUUACUAGGGACCAUUUGGAAGACUCGCAAAGCUAUGGUUCCUUCAUGGAAGAAUGGUGUGAUGCCACUCUUAUCUGUGUACAAAAAUGACCGGGACGAGAAGUUACAAAGUGACCAAGUGUCAGAGACUGAGAGGGCGAUAUUAUACCAGAGUGAGGGUAAAAUGGUUCUGUCAGGGUAG